GCAACUUUCCUUCACUCAUUCAUCUAUCUCCCCCUCUUCCAACUAUUAGCAUCUGCCUGCAGGGGCGUAUUCAAAACGAUGGUCGAUAAGAGCUUGGUUCCGCGGUGGCUUUGGAACCUUGUCGGAGAAAAGUUCUUUGGGCCAUGCAAGGUUCAUGGUUCUUCCAGGAAGAACGAAAAGAACGUCUACUGCUUGGAGUGCUGCGCUAGCAUCUGUUCUCACUGCGUUCCCCUUCAUGCCUCACAUCCUCUCUUGCAGGUGAGAAGGUAUGUGUACCACGAUGUCGUAAGGUUGGCCGAUGCCCAGAAGUUGCUCGACUGUUCCCUCGUCCAACCCUACACAACGAACAGUGCCAAGGUGGUGUUCCUAAAGCAGAGACCUAUAUCUCGACUCUUCCGGGGUUCAGGAAACUUGUGUGCAACCUGUGACCGGAACCUCCAAGAAAACUACGUGUUCUGUUCCAUCUCCUGCAAGUUUCAGGUUCAGCAUCGAAUGGCCAGAAAGAUUAGACCAGAAAGACAGCUUCUACCAAGCUACGAUUCUGUUCGACGAUCAAGAAAUGAGAGAGGAGACUCGGGGACCAAUGGCCGAGCCGAGACCUCUCCCUUGCCGGUCUCCCGACUAAACUCAUUGUGGUCAACAACCCUGACGGUGACUGCUGAGUUUGCAAGGAAGAAAAGGAGCAGCCUUGAUCCAGUGCUACAUAGACCCCAGCAGUGCUUGCCUAUUAGAGACAUCGCCGUCUUCAUGAGCCGGCGAAAGGGUGUCCCUCAUCGAUCUCCUCUCUAUUGAUCUUCUGAUGAAUAUUACCAUACCGGUACUAACCGAUCUUUAGGUAUGUCCAUGCUACUCAAUGGUAUCGAUUCAAAUCGAAAAAGCAGCCAACAUCAGGCAUGAGAUUCUUCAGUAUGUCUCAUAUUUGGCAUAGAUUAAGAAACUGAGGGCACGUAAAAUGCAACGACAGCAACUUUUUGUUGGCCCUAACCGUUCUGUAAUCGGAUGACCUUUGUUGAAUUUGUCCGCUAUGGAUGAACUUAUAGCGUACUUCCGGGAAUAUAUCAUUCCCAAUCCCAAUAUUAUCUUAUUAGAUAACCAUGACCUCGAGCUCAUUUGUAAUAUCUCAAACAUGUGCAUGCUGACUGUGAAGAA